GCGCGCUGCUUCAGCCGCUCCAGCUGCUGUCGCCGCUGCCUGCCCCGCCGUUCUCCCCUCAUCUUUCUAAAUGCAGCGGCGACCAUCAUGACGGGCAUCGCGGCUGUGUCAUUUUUCUCCAACGCUUGCAGGUUCGCCGGCUGCGGGCUUCACUUCGACUCCCUGUCGGAGCUCAUCGUGCACAUCGAGGAUAAACACAUCGAUACAGACCCCUGUUUUCUGGAGAAGCAGGAGUGGCAGCAGCCGACAUACGUUGCCCUCAGUUAUAUCAACAGGUUUAUGACAGACGCAGCGAGACAAGAGCACGAGACCCUGAAGAAGAAGGUGCAGCCCAAGCUGUCUCUGUCUCUGACUGGAAAUCUGUCACGCUGCAAUGUUUCCACUCCACCUCGCCACACCAGUGGAAACCUCACCCCGCCAGUCACCCCACCAAUCACCCCUUGCUCUUCAUUCCGCAGCAGUACACCUACAGGUAGUGACUGUGAUGAAGAAGAUAUCGAGUUUGAGGCAUCAGACAGUGAUGAGUCGUGGACCACAGAGAGUGCCAUCAGCUCCAAGUCUAUCCUGAGCUCCAUGAGCAUGAAUGGAGGAGAUGAGAAGCCUUUUGCUUGUCCUGUUCCAGGCUGCACAAAGAGAUACAAGAAUGUGAAUGGAAUCAAAUAUCACGCCAAGAAUGGCCACCGAACACAGAUCAGGGUGCGCAAACCUUUUAAGUGCCGUUGUGGGAAGAGCUACAAAACGUCUCAGGGUCUCCGCCACCACACCAUCAACUUUCACCCACCCGUCUCUGCAGAUGUUCUUCGAAAGAUGCAGCAGUAGGAGUCUGAAGCCUCUCAGCUCUCAUCAGCACCUAUCAGAACUCCACCAUCACCAGCAGUACUUUCCUAUUUUGGUCCUGCUUUCUCCUACCCACCUUUUUUACCCUUUUUGCAACAACACUAGGUUUUGAUAGCAUGACAUAGUAUUCUACUUUAAAUUCUCUUCAAGUUGUUUAUUUUUUCUUAA